CACUGUUGACUGUGGCUCAGUUUUCCCAGCCUGCCUCCUUGCUCUGACUCAGACUAGCCUGUGCAGUGGGGAGCCUGGCAGUCAGGCGGUGAAAAACUGCCUGCUCUAUCCCUAAACACGCCCUGUCCCCUGGGUCCUUAUAGCUGUCUGGACAGUGAUAUUCCCCCUUCAUUUGAAAACCCUUGGCAUGUGAUAAAUCAACUAUGGAAUCACCCCAAAAAUUACGUAUUCAGGGUAAUGAAAACCUUCAGCGCAUGAUGGCAGGAGCUAUGUUGCGGAAGGUUAAGUCUCGUUCUUCAAAGAAACAACGCCAUUUCAGAUUGCAAGAAGACUUUGCAACUGUUGGGUACCAAUCCAGUUGGACCAAAAUGUCCAACUCUUCCUUCUCUGUAUGUGAUGUGGAGGUAGUGCGUGAGGGACAUCAGUCAGAAGUCCUGCAAAGCCUCGCUCAGGAGUUUGCUGCAGAAUGUUGCUUUACACUGGUGUUCCGAGGCCGCCGUGGCAACCUGGACCUGGUUGCUGAGACAGCAGAGGAGGCUCGGGCAUGGAUCCAGGGUCUUCGUGCUCUAAUUGAGAAUAUGGAGAGCAUGGAUGAACGGGAGAAGCUUGACCAGUGGAUCUGUGACUGGUUUGUUAAGGCAGACAAAAACAAAGAUGGCAGGAUGAACUUUAAGGAGAUUCGUAAGCUUCUGAAAAUGAUGAAUCUGGACAUGAACGAACAGCAUGCCAUGCUGCUGUUCAAGACAGCAGAUAAAUCUCAGACUGACUCUCUGGAGGCCGAGGAGUUUGUCGAGUUCUACAAAAUGCUGACCGAGAGGAAGGAAAUUCUGGAAUUGUUCCAGGAGUACUCAAGUGAUGGGGAGAAACUGUCUGUGUGUGAUCUGGUGGACUUCCUAAGGGAAGAACAGCUGGAAGGUGACACGAGUCAGCAACACGCUGUUGAUCUGAUUGACCGUUACGAGCCCUCAGACAAUGCUAAAAAACGGCAGGUCAUGUCCAUAGAUGGCUUUCUGAUGUACCUGUGCUCUUCUGAGGGCUCCAUCUUUAACGCAGAACACCAGGGACUGUACCAGGACAUGAGCCAGCCCCUGUGUCACUAUUUCAUCUCCUCCUCCCACAACACCUACCUGCUGGAGGACCAGCUGAAGGGGCCGAGUAGUGUGGAAGCUUACAUCCAGGCUCUGAAGCGAGGCUGCCGCUGUGUGGAAGUUGAUUGCUGGGAUGGCCCAAAUGGAGAACCCAUAGUUUACCAUGGACAUACCUUGACCUCCAAGAUCCUCUUCAAAGAUGUCAUAGCCUCAGUGGCAAACUAUGCUUUCAAAGUGUCGGAGUACCCUGUUAUCAUAUCCUUGGAAAACCACUGUAGUAUUGAACAACAAAAAGUCAUGGCCAAGCACCUUAGCAGCAUCCUUGGUAACAGUCUACUGAAAUUCACAUUGGACGGAAAAGUUCCCAGUGUGCUACCAUCUCCAGAGGCCCUGAGGGGGAAGAUACUGAUAAAAGGAAAAAAGAUUGGUGGAGUUGAGAAAAAUCUGGAUGGAGCACAGGAGACCAUCACAGGGGAAGUGAGCGAUGAGGACGAAGCUGCUGAAAUAGACAAAGACAGCUUACCACCUGAGGAAAGCCAUGGAGAAAAGAAGUUGAAGCAAAGUCUGUGCAAAGAGCUAUCAGAUCUGGUGGUGUACUGUAAGAGUGUCCAUUUCAGUGGUUUUGAGAAAUCUCGUGAGACGGGAAAGUCCUACGAGAUGUCCUCUCUCUCCGAAUCCAAGGCCAGGAAACACAUCAAAGAAGCAGGGACAGAGUUUGUGCAGCACAACUCAAGGCAGCUGACCAGAGUAUACCCUAGCGGGAUGAGGACAGACUCAUCCAACUACAGUCCUCAGGACAUGUGGAAUGUGGGAUGCCAGAUAGUGGCCCUGAAUUUCCAGACAGCUGGCACUGAGAUGGACCUCAAUGAUGGUCUCUUCAGUCAGAACAACUCUUGCGGCUAUAUUCUAAAGCCUGAGUUCUUAAGGCAAUAUGCCAGUACCUUUAAUCCAGAUAGACCCCAGGAGUUCUGCAACGAUCAUCCACAGAAACUCUUCAUCAAGAUAAUUAGUGGUCAACAGCUUCCCAAAUUAAGUAAGAAGGAAGGCUCGAUUGUGGACCCGCUCGUCAGGGUAGAAAUCUACGGUGUCCCCCAGGAUCAGUCCAAACAAGAGACAAGACACAUUGACAACAAUGGAUUUAAUCCAGUAUGGAAUGAAAGCCUUCAGUUCAGCAUCCACACUCCUGAGCUGGCUCUGGUGCGCUUUGUGGUGGAAGACCAUGACACAACAACCAGGAAUGAUUUCAUAGGACAGUACACCUUGCCUUUCACAUCUAUGUUACAGGGAUAUCGUCACAUUCGUUUGCUGUCCAAAGACGGCACAAGUCUUGCUCCGUCCUCUCUGUUCGUACACAUCCAUAUAGACCUUGCAUGAUGAACAGCUGACGCAUUAGUACCAGCAUGUUAAAAACAUGACAUCUUUACCUCA